AUGGGUUCGAUCAAUGAGCGGCCAGAGCUAGCCUUUUCUGCCUCCAACUUGCCCACCCAACUCUUUAUCAACAAUGAAUUUGUCGGCAGCAAAGACUCAGAGACACUCUCUGUCUACAAUCCCAAGGAUGGUACCCUAGUGUCGGACAAAGUAUCCAUUGCAAAUUCAGUGGAUGUUGACGCUGCCGUUGCGGCAGCCGAGGCUGCCUUUCCUGCCUGGAAAGCAGUUCCGGCAAUACAGCGAUGCGAAAUUCUGAUGGCUUUUGCCUCGCUAAUCGAGAAACAUACUCUGGGAUUGGCAGAGCUUAGUAGGAUCACUCUCGGAAUACCGUUCGAGGCAAUGGGUAAAUACGAAGCAGGAGUUUGUUCCGAGACGUUUCGAUACUACGCUGCCUGGAUUGACAAGUUUGCUGGCGAGUCAUACCCACAGCAAGAUGGGUUCAUGCGUAUCACACGAAACGAGCCCUUAGGCGUGACCGCUGGGAUCGUUCCCUGGAACGGUCCGCUUGCAAUCAUCGGACUCAAAGCUGCACCGGCGCUAGCAACGGGUAAUUGCUUUAUUUUGAAGCCGUCUGAAAAGACACCAUUUGCUGCCCUAGCGCUUGGUCAGCUAAUCCGUGAAGCGGGGUUUCCACCUGGCGUAUUCCAGGUGCUUUCUGGGGCUGGGAACACGGGCGCUCUUUUAGCAAGGCACAUGCGUGUUCGGAAGAUCAGCUUUACUGGCUCAAUUUCUACCGGGAAACUGAUCCAAAAAAUGGCCGCUGAGUCUAAUCUCAAGCGUGUGACCUUGGAAUUGGGAGGAAAGUCCCCAGCUGUUGUGUUCGACGAUUGCAAUUUGGACAAUGCAGUUGAAUGGUGUGUCAAUGCAAUCGCCAGAAACACUGGGCAGAUGUGUUAUGCGGCAUCCAGGCUGUAUGUCCAGAAAGGGAUUCUUGAUCGGUUCACAGAGAAAUAUAAGGCUUCUCUAGAGGAACGUGCCAAGGCCAUCGGUGAUCCGGACAAUGAUUCAACCCUCAUCGGUCCGCUGGUCGAUGAGGCUCAGUUCCAGCGCGUGACCGGGUUCAUUGAACGUGGUUCUCAGCAAGGUACCCUUUUGACGGGUGGAAACCUUGUUCGAGACAAAGGUUUCUUCGUGCAGCCCACUGUCUUCACUGAUGUGAAGCCAGACGCAGAGAUCUACCAACAAGAGAUCUUUGGCCCUGUUUCGAUUCUGAAUUCCUUCACGACAGAGGAGGAGGUCUUGCAGAAAGCCAAUGCCACCGAGUAUGGCCUCAUGGCGGGUGUUUUCACGCAAGACAUCAACAAGGCUAUGCGAAUGGCCAGCGAGUUUGAAUCUGGAAUGGUGGGAGUCAACUGCAUCAGUCUCACUUUCACGAACGCACCCUUUGGUGGUAGCAAGCAGAGUGGUCUUGGCCGUGAGUGUGGUCGAAAUGCACUGGAGCAUUAUACAGAACCGAAGACCAUCAUGAUCAACUUGAAUUACUAG